AUGCAUGAAAACGCUUUUCUCAACUGCACUAAUCUAGAAACAGUAAAAAUUAAAGGUAACGAAUUUAAUGUUGCUUCUUUCACAAACUGUUCUGACUUUGAGGUCAAACUUGAAAGUGAUUAUACAAAUCUUACGAUCGAGAAUAAUCUCUUAGUGUUUAAACAAACAAUUGAUGGAACAACGUACAAGGUAUUACUAGCUGUUCUUCCAAAAUAUGAUGAAAAAUCUCUCACAAUUUCUAAUUAUGAUGCCAUUUUCCCUUACACAUUUUCUAUCUGCACCAAACCAACAGAAGUUAUCAUUGAUGGGUCUAAUGUGAAUUUUGAUGAAAAAGUAUUUCCUUUUUCGAAAGUCAAAACUGUCGAAAUAAAGAAGUGUGGCCAUACUUAUAUUCCUUCUAAUUUAUUUUAUCAAGCAUAUAAUCUCCAGAAGGUUAUAAUUCCAGAAGGAAUAUUAAGAAUUGAAGACGAUGCUUUUAGAUAUUGCUAUAAAUUAAAGACUGUGGAAUUACCUUCAACCGUCAGCUAUAUAGGACAGAGUGCAUUUUCCUAUUACUUAAAGUUGAAAUCUAUAGAUCUAAGCAAUGUCGCAAUAAUUGAUUCUAGUGCAUUUUCAAAUUGUGAAUCACUGAAUGUUGAUCUACCAGAAAAUCUUAAAUAUCUUGGAGGUAGUGCAUUUUCAAAUACAAACUUAAAGAGUGUUGUAAUUCCUGGUUCACUUAAAGCUAUUCCAAGUGUAAUUUUCAAUGGAUGCCGUAACUUAAAGAAGAUUGAAAUAGGAGAUGGAAUUGUCCGUAUUGAUUAUCUGGCUUCAAAUUGUCCAAAAUUGAAGAAAAUUAUUGUACCAUCAUCAGUUAAAUAUAUAUCUGCCGAGGCAUUUAAUGAAAAUCCUGCUGUUGAUGUCGAAAUUGAUUCUGGAAAUCCCUAUUAUGAGGCAAAAGAUCAUGUCAUCAUUGAAAAAGCAACACAUAUUGUAAUUGGAUCAUAUGGACAGUACUCAUUAUGA